AUGACAGUCUCCACCGAUCUUUCUUCGCUGCUGAUCACGGAAAAGUUGAGUCUUGUUCCGAUCAAUCUCAACGAUCCCGAUCAACAUGCCGAAUUCAAACAACAACGAGUCGUUUGUGGCUGGGAUCACUCCGAUAAGGCUCUGCAAAUGUUUAUUGAAAAGCAGGAGAAGGGACUCAAAUCCCUAUUCUGGAUUAUGAUUCAACAGAAAGCGCAGGCCAAUGGCAAACAACAGAACGGUGGCAAUGUUUCCGUUACACAACAUACAAAUGGCCAUGCUGCAGACGGCAAUGCGGUAUCACCAUCGGCUACUUUAUUUACUAUCCGGGCGGGCCAUAUAUCUCUCGAUUCUUAUACUGAGCCUGCGGAUCCCGAACUCGCACGCGAAGAUAGAUCCAUCAUGACUGUUCAAACUUUUUUUAUCUUACCGGAAUAUCGAACAGGGGGAGUGGGACGAGCGGCAAUGGAUCUAGUUGAGGUUUUAGCGAUGCAGGAGCCAUAUGGAAGUCCUCACUGCCAUACACUCGCUUUGACUACUGUCAGUAAAAAGCAUAUCGAGAUCGAUGCCCCUGAAUGGAGGGGUUUGUGGAAGAGAUGCGGAUUUAAUGUACCGAAGUUUAGUAACGAGAUCUGGUAUGAAAAGCUGGGUUAUGUCUACUGGAAGGAAGAGCCAAGAUACGACGCUGUUGCCCUUGAUGGCUCACCUUCACACAUUAUUGCUUCUUUCAUGCGAAAGAAGCUUCGAUGA